CAACACACACACACACACACACACACACACACACGGCUCUCUUCUAAUCCUCCAUCCGGCUAUGACGGAAAAACCUCUUCUCAUCUUAUCACUCUCCUACCUUCCUCGGUCCAUUCUAUAUCCAUCCUCCCCAUAUUUCCCUCUCUCCCCUCCCUCCUCUCUCUCUCAGUCUCUCUCUCCCUCUCCUGUCUGUGGUAAGUUCAUUGAAGUAGACAACAGAGAGAUGAAAGAGAAGAACCCCUGGCACUCGCCUUUGACCAUCAUCAUCACUGUGAUUGGUGUCAUAGCAAUUGUUGCCUUGGUGACGGUAGCAGUUUUGCAGAACAUGCCCCUCCCCCAAAAGUACAAGUAUGGAAUUGUGCUGGAUGCUGGUUCCUCCCACACAUCCGUGUAUAUAUAUGAGUGGCCGGCAGAGAAAGAUAACAACACUGGAAGAGUUGAGCAGACGCAUGCCUGCCAAGUCAAAGGUCCAGGUAUCUCCAGCUAUGCAUCCACUCCCCAGGGGGCAGGGGAGUCUCUGAGAGAAUGCAUGCAGGAGGCCCAGCAGUGGAUCCCUGAGAAAAGACACCAUGAGACCCCACUUUAUCUCGGGGCUACUGCAGGAAUGAGACUGCUGAAUAUAGAGAACAGCUUGGCAUCAAAUGAGGUUUUGCAGGCUGUGGGGGCAGCUCUGCAAAAGACCCCCUUUUCCUUCCAGGGAGCGAGAAUACUCAGCGGCCAGGAGGAGGGAGCCUUCGGUUGGGUCACGGUCAACUACUUGGAUGACCGUCUCACACAGGGCUUGGAAACCACAGGUGCCCUUGAUCUUGGCGGGGCUUCCACUCAAAUUAGCUUUGUGUCUGAUAGUUUUGAUGGUUCGGAAUCACCAAGCAACUCCGUGAACUUCCGUCUCUACGGAAAUGAUUACAACCUGUACACUCACAGCUUCCUGUGUUACGGGAAAGACCAAGCGCUGCUAAUGGCACUGGCACACCAAACUCAGUCUGGUCCGGCAACAGUAGCAGAUCCUUGUUUCAACCCCGGCUACAAUGUGACAAAGAGCUACUCAGAGCUCUAUGAGAGCCCCUGUGUAUCAGGCAGGAACCCCCACAAAACUCUUCCAACCUUCAUUCACACAGGGACAGGAAACUUCCAACAAUGCCAGGAAGUCAUCAAAAAUCUGUUCAACUUUACUCACUGCCCAUACAGCCGUUGCUCUUUCAAUGGGAUCUACCAGCCACAUUUGCAGGGGCAAUUUGGGGCUUUCUCUGCUUACUUCUUUGUGAUGGACUUCCUCAAGCUGACUGACACGUCCAUACCUCUGGAAACCGUCAAGGAAAGAGUAACGCACUACUGUUCAAAACCUUGGCAACAGGUAGUGCAGGAGCAUCCGGAUGUUAAGCUGAAGUAUAUGGCCGGGUACUGUUUCUCUGGCGUGUACAUCCUCACCCUGCUGACAGAAGGAUACAACUUCACAGCAGAGACGUACUCUGACAUAAAAAUCAUCAAAAAGAUCAAAGGCAGUGAUGCAGGUUGGACGCUGGGCUACAUGUUGAAUCUGACCAACAUGAUUCCAGCUGAGGCUCCUGAUACUCCCCCUCUGCCCCACGCUGGCUACGUCUCCAUAGUCACAAUCAUAGCAAUACUGCUCUUCAUCCUCUUCAUCCUGAGUCUGAGGCCUCUCUGGCCCCGCUGCUCCAAACAGCCACAGAUUGUAUAAACUCAAAUGGAUGUAUGUUUAAGUGAGGGUGAGGGAUGAGCAUAUAUGUGAGGGAUUGUUUGUGUGUUGGUGUGGGCUAUUCUACCAAUAUGUGAAUUAGGUGUCAAACUUUAUCCUUUCUAGCCUUUGUGGUGAGAGCUCAAAGAUCAUCAUCUGCUGCACAUCAGCAGUCCUGCAGCUCAGGUGGAUUCAAGAUUCAAGACAUUUCAGAUGGACAAAUACUUUCUUCUGCUGUGAGUGAGUUCUGGUUGAAGGGACAGUUUCUGUGUGCAUGUGAAUUUGAAUGUGUGACUGAGUGUGUGCACCUGCAUUAGUCUGCAUGUUUGUGUCCUGAAUUAUGAUGUGAAUAUAAAUAAAACCCAAGUUUAUAUAAGA